CGGGAAUAAUGGAUCUAGAGCGUUUGGGUUCAGACCCAGAUUUGGUCUGAGGCAAUAGGGCAAAGGCAAGAGAAGGUGAACCCACAGUAGUAGUAACUAGUAAGUAGCUUGUUUUGAUUUUUUGAGGGCAAUUACACAAGACAAACAGAACCUAACCUGCAGGGAUCGGAGUGAGAGUGAAAGGGAUUUGGUUCUGGAGUAACAGCGUUCUUCUUCGAGACCGUUUUAAUUGUUUGGUUGGUGUCUGUAAUCGAAGCGAAGAUGAGGAUUAUGAUAAAGGGCGGUGUUUGGAAGAACACCGAAGAUGAAAUCCUGAAAGCUGCUGUUAUGAAAUAUGGUAAGAACCAGUGGGCUCGAAUCUCUUCGCUCCUUGUUCGCAAAUCCGCCAAGCAAUGCAAGGCUCGUUGGUACGAGUGGCUCGAUCCUUCCAUCAAAAAGACCGAGUGGACAAGAGAAGAGGAUGAGAAGCUACUUCAUCUUGCUAAGCUUAUGCCCACGCAGUGGAGAACAAUUGCUCCAAUUGUGGGCCGUACCCCUUCCCAGUGUCUUGAGCGGUAUGAGAAGCUGCUUGAUGCAGCCUGUGUGAAAGAUGAGAACUAUGAGCCAGGUGAUGAUCCUCGGAAGUUGCGUCCUGGGGAGAUUGAUCCAAACCCUGAGUCAAAACCUGCACGCCCAGAUCCUGUUGAUAUGGAUGAAGAUGAAAAGGAGAUGCUUUCUGAAGCACGAGCCCGAUUAGCAAAUACAAAGGGCAAGAAAGCAAAAAGGAAAGCCAGGGAGAAACAGCUUGAGGAAGCUAGGAGGCUUGCUUCUUUACAAAAGAAGAGAGAAUUGAAGGCUGCUGGAAUUGAUAUUAGGCAGCGGAAGAGAAAAAGGAAAGGAAUAGACUACAAUGCUGAAAUUCCAUUUGAAAAAAGACCCCCUCCGGGAUUUUUUGAUGUUACCGAUGAAGAUAGACCAGUGGAGCAGCCCAAGUUCCCCACUACAAUUGAAGAACUUGAAGGAAAAAGGAGGGUUGAUAUUGAAGCACAGUUAAGAAAGCAGGACAUUGCAAAAAAUAAAAUUGCACAAAGGCAAGAUGCCCCAUCUGCCAUACUGCAUGCCAACAAGCUCAAUGAUCCAGAAACAGUAAGAAAGAGGUCAAAACUAAUGCUUCCACCACCCCAGAUUUCUGAUCAGGAAUUGGAUGAAAUUGCAAAGUUGGGUUAUGCAACUGAUCUUGCAGGGAGUCAGGAACUUGCUGAAGGUAGUGGUGCAACACGUGCUCUUCUGGCAAAUUAUGCGCAGACACCUGGUCAAGGAAUGACUCCUUUACGAACCCCUCAGAGAACACCGGCUAGUAAAGGAGAUGCCAUCAUGAUGGAAGCUGAAAAUCUGGCCAGAUUGAGGGAGUCUCAAACGCCAUUGUUAGGAGGAGAGAACCCAGAUUUGCAUCCUUCAGAUUUUUCUGGGGUUACACCUAAGAAAAAGGAGAUUCAGACUCCAAAUCCAAUGCUGACUCCUUCUGCAACUCCAGGAGCUGCAGGACUAACUCCUAGAAUUGGCAUGACACCAACUAGAGAUGGUUUUUCUUUUAGCAUGACACCAAAGGGAACUCCUCUUAGGGAUGAGCUACAUAUUAAUGAGGACAUGAAUAUGCAUGACAGCACUAAACUUGAGUUACAGAGACAGGCUGAUAUGAGGAGGAGCUUACGUUCUGGUUUAGGAAGCCUUCCACAGCCUAAAAAUGAGUAUCAAAUAGUGAUGCAACCAGUUCCGGAAGACGCUGAAGAGACUACUGAGGAGAAGAUUGAAGAGGAUAUGUCUGAUAGAAUUGCUAGAGAAAAAGCAGAAGAAGAGGCAAGGCAACAAGCAUUACUUAGAAAACGAUCAAAAGUCCUUCAACGGGAACUUCCUAGACCUCCUGCUGCAUCAUUGGAGCUUAUAAGAAAUUCCUUGAUGAGAACUGAUGGGGACAAGAGUUCCUUUGUUCCACCAACCUCUAUUGAGCAAGCUGAUGAGAUGAUUAAAAGGGAACUUCUAACUUUACUGGAGCAUGACAAUGCUAAGUAUCCGCUUGAUGAGAAAGUGAAUAAGGAGAAAAAGAAAGGAACCAAGCGUGCUGUAAAUGCUGUCCCAGUGAUAGACGAUUUUGAGGAAGAUGAAAUGAAAGACGCUGAUAAGUUGAUAAAGGAAGAGGCCCAGUAUCUUUGUGUAGCAAUGGGGCAUGAAAGUGAACCCCUUGAUGAAUUUAUCGAAGCACACAGAACCUGUCUCAAUGAUCUUAUGUACUUUCCUACCCGUAAUGCCUAUGGUCUCUCGAGUGUUGCUGGAAAUAUAGAAAAGCUAGCAGCUUUGCAGAAUGAAUUUGAUAAUGUGAGAAACAAAUUGGAUGAUGGUAAGGAGAAGAUGGUACGACUUGAGAAGAAGGUGAUGGUUCUCACACAAGGCUAUGAGAUGAGAGUAAAGAAAAGCCUCUGGCCGCAAAUUGAGGCCACUUUAAAGCAGAUGGACAUAGCUGCAACAGAGUUAGAAUGCUUUAAAGCUUUGCAAAAGCAGGAGCAAUUAGCAGCAUCACAUAGGAUAAACAAUCUGUGGGCUGAGGUACAGAAGCAAAAGGAGCUGGAGAAAACUUUGCAAAAUCGGUAUGGGAGUCUAAUUGAAGAGCUGGAAAAGAUGCAGAAUAUCAUGGACCAAUACAGAUUACAAGCACAACAACAAAAAGAAACAGAAGCAGACAAUCAUGCUCAAGAGACAACUGAGACCGUGGAGACCAAGACUGAUGAAACUGAUGUACAGUGUACAGAGAAUUGUGAAGCUGUACCUCAAUUGGUAGAGCAAGAACAUGCUCUAGCAAUUGAGCCAUCUCAUGAUGGAAUUGCUGACCAGCAAGUAGAUAUUGUGCAAGACCAUGCUACUUCUGGCCUCAGUAAUGACAUGGAUGUGGAUUCUGAAAAAAUGCAAAUUACACACGAUACUGAUGUUAAAUUGAAAAAUACUACACCUGCUGCAGAAAAUGUUGGUGAAAAAGUAGAAGGUAACGGUACCAACAAUGGGGAGACCAUGCUAGCAAUGAAUGCUACAGUGGAAAUAAUUAGCCCCAAUCAUGAUGUAGUAGUGGAUGCAGUAAACUCACAUGAUAGCAGUAUGGAAGAAACCAAUCCUGUUGGGGAGGAGACAAAUUAGGCUGGACACUCUGUAUCAUGUUCUGAUAUUGAUGUAUGGGGGACAUUAGGAUGGAGAGUGAGUUGUCUUUUGUUGGAAGGUAUAUUAACCAAGGGUUUAGUUGAUGCUAAAAUUUUGUGAUCAUCCCUUGUCGAAGUUUGGAACAUAUUAUGAAACGACAAACCGCAUAAACAUUUUGAGAUGGUUACCUUUUUCCCCCUCAAAAUUUGUCCUUUCAUUUGGUGUAUGUUGGUAAUGUGUUCUUUCACGUUUAAGGAUGAUAUAGGAUCUAUUUUCAAGAAGGUCCUUCGAAAUGUGUACAUUUCGUUUUCCGCUCACUUGAAUAUCACACAAUAUGUAUUUCUUUUGUUCUGA